UAGAGCUGACAGUAGACUAGAGACGCUUCACACUUUUCUACGUGGGAUGAGAAGACGAAGCUUGUCUUGUCCCUGAAACAAUUCCACUUUGUCCCUCUUCUCACCUUAUGUAACACUUUCCUUCUCUUCCAAAUAUUCCUCCUCAUUCCGAACGCAAAGCUUCACUGAAACUUCGGUUUUGAAUUUACUUGCAGCCAUGACUUCUCCUUCUCCGAAGAAGAAAAGCCCAGUUGCUGAAGCCGUGGUAGUCCAACCAUCGUCUCCCCGAUUCCCUGUUAGCACUCCGACGUCGGCUGCCCAACGGAGAAUCGGCAUCGCCGUUGAUCUCAGCGAUGAGAGCGCUUACGCCGUCAAGUGGGCAGUUCAAAACUACCUUCGCCCGGGAGAUGCUGUUAUCCUUGUUCAUGUCCGGCCUACAAGUGUCCUAUAUGGUGCCGAUUGGGGCGCAAUUGACCUAUCCAUUGCGGACCAUUAUUCCGAGAACCAAACGGAACAGUCCCAGAAAAACCUCGAGGAUAAUUUGGACCUUUUCACUUCCACUAAGGCCAAUGAGCUUGCUCAACCCUUCGUUGAGGCGCAGAUUCCGUUCAAGAUUCAUAUAGUGAAGGACCACGACAUGAACGAGAGACUUUGCUUGGAGGUGGAAAGAUUGGGGCUUUGCGCGGUGAUUAUGGGUAGUAGAGGAUUUGGGGCUUCCAGGAAGAUUACCAAAGGGAGGCUGGGUAGUGUCAGUGAUUACUGUGUGCAUCACUGCGUUUGUCCUGUGAUUGUUGUGAGAUUCCCUGAUGAGAACGGUGCUGCUGCUGAAGAGCCGGAGGGAGGUGUCAAGAAAGGAGAGGAGAGGGAGGUGCUGCCUCCUUUCGUGGAGGAGGCCGAGCAGGAGUAUCAUGAUAAACAAGCAGAUAUGGAGAAGGCUGCUUGAACGGAUAAUGGGAUACUGCAAUGCCGAGAUUAAAAUGUUCUGGAUGGUUAUACAGUCUUGUCUUGCUAAGAAAAUUUUUGUAGUACUGAUCCUGUUUAUUCACAUCUGUACUGCCUUGCAUGAUCUGUUUUGUUGGGAAUCUGGGAUAAGGAACAGGGGAUGAUCACUUGCCCCUUAAUACAAUAGAAUAGACUGCAGCUUUUUGUGGCCUAUUUGGCUAGUUGUAUGUUUUGGGCAGGAUAAAGGGCGUAGAAGGAUUUUAUUUUCUUUAGGCUUAGGGCCUUUCAUUGUAUUUCUCCUUCAUCAAUAAUAUUUUACUUUUCAACUGAAAAAAAAAAGAAAGAAAAGGAAAGGUAAUUCUUAUC